UUCUUCACUCCCACAGUCCCACCUAUGCCCCCACUUCUCCACUGUUCUUCCUUUUUCUGUACCUUGCUAACUCUCUUUCUCUCUUUGUCUCCAAAAGGAUCUUCAUACACUAUCAAAGGGAAGGCCUUGGAGGAAGAAGAUCUCACAACACCCUCGCGCAGCUUGCGAUUCAUUUUCAUACAAGCUUUAGUGAGGAGACCGCUACGUCUACGAUGGUUGAGAUUCUCUUUGACGAUAUCUUUAGAGUGGAAAAAUUAAACCCAGAUGACAAGAAAUUAUUUGAGAAAGUUACCCGCAUUGAAGCAAGAAGUGAAAGAUUUGACAUGUUUAUGCACCUAGACAUCAAUUCUGAGUUAUAUCCGUUAAAGGUGGGUCAGAAAUUCGCUCUUUUACUGGUUCCAACACUGAAUCCAGAUGGUACCCCAGACACUGGCUACUAUAUUCCGGGCAAUCGGCAAUCACUGGCUGAUAAUUUUGAAUAUGUUAUGUAUGGCAAGCUCUACAAGAUAUCAGAAGGUUCAGGACGUGAAAAAGCGGAGUUAAAUAUUUCAUUUGGUGGGCUUCUGAUGAUGAUGAAGGGAGAUCACUCUCAUUGCAACAAGUUUGAGCUUGAUCAAAGGUUGUAUCUUCUGAUGAGGAAAGUCUGAAAAUCAUGUUAAUGACAAGGAUGAGGAGUCUGUUUAUAACUUCAAUGUUUGGCAGAUUUAUUUGUGGUUAUGGCAGUUCUAUAAAAAACUGGUCCGCUCAUGAACCAUGCUUUUACAACUAAUACAGUUUAUUUACAAUAUGCUUUUUAUGUGCUAAAAUUUGUUUGUAGGGAAACUCUUUUAACUUGUGAACCAUGUUUUUUUUACAAUUGGAUGUUUAGUAAGCAAAUAUUUGGUGAUUUGGUCA